AUGGAGCGUAAGUUAACUCGCGAGGACUUCAUGCGGAAGAGCUUUCGAGCUCCGAGAGUAUCCCCAGCGCCGGAUAGUCCAGCUGUAAAUGGCGCCCCACCACCCUCUCCUGUAUCGUUGGCUAUGUUAGAAAAGACACCCCAACCCCAAAGAGCUCAGUACCAAGUAACGUCGACGGGAAUAGCUCCGAAACGCUUAGAACUGAACAGAGCACAUCCUAUACAUCUCAAAUCAUUCCAAGCAUCAGAACCACCGGAUGACAAUGGUCCAACGCCACCCUCGGAUGAUGUGCUUCGAAAGUUGGAGCGGCAAAUCGGGGAAAUGGAACGGGGUCUAGAGAGAGCUCAAAACGGAACACUAGAAGUCGACGAGAGAGUGCGAUACGCGGAACAUGAGAAUUUAUUACGCACCGGAGUCUCCUCUGUCGGGGGCGGAGGAUACCUACCAGCCGAUUCGGACACGGAACACGAUGUUGUCCCGUUCAACAGAAACGAAACGACGAGGAGCAGUACUGGCGGAACAGCUCCUGCUACCCGACCGGCUACCAGAUUAGCUAGAACAAACUCAGAUACUCAGCAGCACUCUGUGGCAGCGACGGCUCGCUUGAUGAGAAAGCUGGCUGACGGAGGUACGAAAGAUGAAAAGACCAAAGUUAUGUCCAGGAAAGCGAUACAGGCUAGGAUGGAGCAAGUCAAACGGUCGGUGGUGGGGACGAAACACGAGCACCGAGUGCUUGCGGAACAUAGAGCCGAACCGAGCGCCACAAAGACGCCCACGUCGCCCGUCUCGCCGCGUUCUUCAGUACAGAGCGCAUCCGAGACGUCAGCGGGUGCUGGCGGGGGAGCCUCGUCUGGAGGCAGUGCGCGAGUCUCUUCCAGAUCGCGGACUUCAGAGGAGCCCCAUAUUGGCAAGUACAAACUCCUGAAAACGAUAGGCAAAGGCAACUUUGCCAAAGUGAAGUUGGCCAAACAUGUGCCGACGGGGAAGGAGGUCGCCAUCAAAAUCAUCGAUAAGACUCAGCUCAACCCUGGCUCGCUGCAGAAGUUGUUCCGAGAGGUUCGAAUUAUGAAAAUGUUGGAUCAUCCAAAUAUAGUGAAAUUGUUUCAAGUCAUAGAGACUGAAAAGACGCUGUAUUUAGUAAUGGAAUACGCGUCCGGUGGCGAGGUCUUCGACUAUCUAGUGUUACACGGUCGUAUGAAAGAGAAGGAGGCCCGUGCCAAAUUCAGGCAGAUAGUCUCCGCGGUGCAGUAUUGUCAUCAGAAAAGGAUUAUACACAGGGAUCUCAAGGCGGAAAACCUCUUGCUAGACGGCGAAAUGAAUAUUAAAAUAGCUGAUUUCGGUUUCUCAAACGAGUUCACUCCGGGCGCGAAACUGGACACCUUUUGUGGUUCACCGCCGUACGCAGCGCCUGAACUCUUCCAAGGAAAGAAGUAUGACGGACCGGAAGUGGACGUUUGGUCACUCGGUGUUAUAUUAUAUACCCUCGUGUCCGGCUCGUUACCUUUCGACGGAUCCACUCUCAGGAGAGCUUAG